UUCUGAAAAGGGCCAUUAUGCAUAAGGAGUACUUUUACUUUUGGUACUUUAAGUAUAUUUUGAUACCAAUGCUUUUGUACUUUUACUUGUAACAGAGUAUUUUUACCCCGUAGUAUUUCUACUUUUGCUUUAGUAGAAUAUCUGAGUACUUCUUACACCACUGCCACCAUGAGUGUGGAGCUGUGUGCUACAAAAGCCUGACUUUAAAACAAAUGUUGUUAUUAUAAGCAGGUUGUGAGCGAGGCUCCGUUUGUAAAUGAGGAAACAGUUCAGAGUGUCUGCUCCUCCUCCUGGAACGAGUCAGAGUUUGAUGAGCCCUCCCUCUUCUUCCUGCUCUCAGACACAGCCAGCUCCACUCUGUAUUUCCUGGUUCCUCCCCUUCAGAUCCACACUGAGGGGGAUGGGUGUAACCAACAUGUGGUUAAAGCACAAGAGCUGAUAGGCCACAUGCACUGCUCACACACAUGCUGUUCAGAUCACAGCUCACAUAGUUUCAGCUCUCAGGAAGUGAAACUCAGACACUCGCUGACACUGAGAGGUGAGAUGGCGCAGAGAGGAGUUCAGCUGGACCGGGAAACCUUCUCUUGUUCCAUCUGUCUGGAUCUACUGAAGGAUCCGGUCACUAUUCCCUGUGGACACAGCUACUGCAUGGACUGUAUCAAACACCACUGGGAUGGAGAGCUAAUCCACAGCUGCCCUCAGUGCAGGCAGAGCUUCACACCGAGGCCUGUCCUGCUGAAGAACACCAUGUUAGCAGCUUUAGUGGAGGAGCUGAAGAAGACUGGACUCCAAGCUGCUCCUUCUGAUCUCUGCUAUGCUGGAGCUGAAGAUGUGGCCUGUGAUGUCUGCACUGGGAGGAAGCUGAGAGCCUGUAAGUCCUGUCUCGUGUGUCUUAUAUCUUACUGUGAGAAACACCUCCAGCCUCAUUAUGAAUCACCUGCCUUUGAGAAACACAAGCUGGUGGAGCCCUCCAAGAAGCUCCAGGAGAACAUCUGCUCUCGUCACGACGAGGUAAUGAAGCUGUUCUGCCGCACUGAUCAGCAGAGUAUCUGUUAUAUCUGCACUAUGGACGAACACAAAGGCCACGACACGGUGUCAGCUGCAGCAGAGAGGACUGAGAGGCAGAGAGAGCUGGAGGGGAGUCGACUCAACAUCCAGCAGAGGAUCCAGGACGGAGAGAAGGAGGUGAAGCUGCUUCAGCACGAGGUGGAGGCCGUCAAUGGCUCUGCUGAUAAAGCAGUGGAGGACAGUGAGAAGACGUUCACUGAGCUGAUCCGUCUCAUGGAGAAGAGAAGCUCUGAUGUGAAGCAGCAGCUCAGAUCCCAGCAGGAGAGAGAAGUGAGUCGAGUCAGAGAGCUCCAGGAGAAGCUGGAGCAGGAGAUCUCUGAGCUGAAGAGGAGAGACGCUGAGCUGAAGCUGCUGUCUCACACAGAGGAUCACAACCAGUUUCUGCUCAGCUACCCCUCACUGCCAGCCCUCAGUGAAGCUACACACUCCUCCAGCAUCAACAUCCGUCCUCUGAGCUACUUUGAGGACGUGACGGCGGCCCUGUCAGCACUCAGAGACAAACUACAGGACGCCCUGAGAGAGGAAUGGACAAACGUCUCAUCGACUGAAGUGGAUGUUUUACUGUCAGCAGCAGAGCCCACCACCAGAGCUGGGUUCUUAACAUAUUCACAGGAAGUCACUCUGGAUCCAAACACAGCAGAGAAACGGCUGUUAUUAUCUGAGGGGAGCAGAAAAGCAACACUCAUGAAACAACAACAGUCUUAUUCCAGUCACCCAGACAGAUUCACUUAUUAUUCUCAGGUCCUGAGUAGAGAGAGUCUGACUGGACGUUGUUACUGGGAGGUGGAGCGGAGAGAGGGAAGAGUUUAUGUAGCAGUCGCAUACAAGAAUAUCAGCAGAGCAGGGCAUGAAAGUGGAUUUGGAUUCAAUGACAAAUCUUGGUCCUUAGAUUGUUACCAAAACAGUUAUUUAUUUUGUUACAACAGAAUCGACACUCCCGUCUCAGGUCCUCCGUCCUCCAGAGUAGGAGUGUACCUGGAUCACAGAGCAGGUAUUCUGUCCUUCUACAGCGUCUCUGAAACCAUGACUCUCCUCCACAGAGUGCAGACCACAUUCACUCAGCCGCUACAUGCUGGAGUUUGGCUUUGUGAUUAUGGAAACACAGCUGAGUUUUGUAAACUGAAAUAGCCUGAAGUCACUUGAGGAACUCUUGUACUUCUUAAACUCACCGUGUGUCCAUCAGAGCUGAUGGCUCAUGUCUUCACUGCACAGAGAUCAGCUUCAAUCAAACAUGAUGGGAUGUGCUUUAACAUCUUCUCAUGAGUUGUUCUGCAGAUGUUGGAGUUCCUUUAGGCGGCGCUCCUUCCUGUGUCUGUUGAGCCAUGGAGGCUGUCACUGCUCAGGAGCACUUCUGUUCACCUCAACUCAUAUCUCUCUGCAUGGAAAUGUCAACUUUGUUCUAAAUACUUGUUGAAUAUCGAUAUUGAUGUAUUUGUAUGUUGUUGUUUCUCUGUUUUAAUUUGUAACUAAGUCUCAAUGUAUUGAAUGCAUCAAUGAAAGUUUGAAUAAUGCAACAAAACAAAUUAAAAGAAAUGUCAUAAAAAAUAUUCUAUAUAUAUAUAUCUGUAUAUUUUAUAAUGUUUGGGUUUUUCUUGUUAAUAAAAGAACUAAGAGG